GUUUGUUUAUCUGGUGAUCAGCUGUGAGUGAGCCCAGACAUCGAGGCCAACAUUACUGUUUGUGUCAAAAUGCGCCGCUCUUAUCACGCCCUCGCUGGGGACUACCGCUCCCUCACAGACUAGACCCGUCGAGAGACAUUUUUACAAGAGAUCACUCUAUAUUUGUGACAGAGGAAGCGAGGAAUACAUAAUGAGACGCGAGUGAAAGCAGUGACAUUCCAAGCAGUUACUGUUCACCGAGUUAGUUUCUUGUUUGGUGCUUCUUCAGCUGUAGUGACACACACACACCAUUGCCACUUGGGUAGGAAAUUAGUAUAAGUGAGUCCUCCUGACCCUCCCUGCUUCAUUCAGAGACCACACCAGUGCUGAUGUAGGAUGCUGCCUGGAAUAGGAGUAUUCGGGACAGGAGACAUCGUGAGGGCCCUGGUGCCUUUCCUCCGAGCCAAGGGCUUCAGAGUGGAAGCUGUGUGGGGCCGCACACUGGAAGCUGCAGAAAAUGUGGCCACCGAGCUAAACAUCCCUUUCCACACCAAUAAGGUGGAUGAUGUGCUGCUGAGGAAGGACGUGGACCUGGUGUUCAUUAUUUGCCAGCCAGACCUUCAUGCCCAGAUAGCAGUGAAGGCGCUGGGUAUCGGAAAGCAUGUGCUGUGUGAUCGUCCUGCCGGCCUCUGUCAGCUGGAGGUGUUGAAGAUGGUUCACGCAGCACAGUACUACCCAUCCCUCAUCUCAGUGAUCUCCCAUGGCCUGCGCUUCCUCCCAGCCUUUGUGCAGAUGAAGCGGCACCUGGAGGCAGGCUACGUUGGGGCAGUAAAUGUGUGUGAUGUGAGGGUGCACUGCGGCAGCAUGAUUGGGAGCCAGUUUGACUGGAUGUGCAGCCACUUGAUGGGGGGUGGCAUUCUGACCAUGGUUGGCAGUCACAUUAUCGAUGCUGUGUCCUUUGUGACAGGGCAGCGGGCAACACGCGUGCAUGGCAUGAUGCGUACCUUCACCAAGAGCACUGAGAAGAUCAAUGGCAUCCGUUGGAUUGACAGUGAUGAUUUCUGCAGUUUCCAGAUGAUUCUGGAUGGUGGGGCGUGUGUCACUGCCACACUCAACAGCCACGUGGCAGGUGGGUUUGUACAGGAGGUGGUGGUGUGUGGGAGCCGUGGCCGCCUGGCUGUGCGUGGUGCCAGUCUCUAUGGUCAGACACACACUGAUGAGAGAGAGCAGCUCCUGCACGAUGGCAGUGCUGAUGACCUGACCCAUCUUGCCAACCGUAACGACAAUAGCAGUGCUCGGGUCAACUCCUUGCUGCCUCAGCCUUAUCUGCAAGGACUGUUCCGCCUAGUAGGAGCCCUGAAGGAGGCAUUUGCCACAGGGGACGGGGAGCACGGCUGGCUCAAGGAACCAGUUUCCAGUGCUGCCACCUUCGAGGAUGGCCAGUAUGUGCAGGCAGUGAUUGAUGCAGUGAAGCUAUCAUCUGCCAGCCGCCAGUGGGAGCAGGUAACUGUGGCCAGUGAUGAGAAUGAGCUCAAUCCUCUCAUGACACGCCUCAACUUGCCCAACAUUAACAUGAGCUCCCUGGAUGCCCUCUCUCAGGCUCCCACUAACAGGCCCCAGCCAGCCCCCACCCAACGCAAGACUACUGCCACCUCUGAGUCUCAUCUCCCCUGGAGCUUUGCUACCAAACACUAGGCAGGAGAUUCUUGCUUCUGGCUGCCGGGGACGUGCAUUAUGUAGCCUUGUGAUAUUCUUGGUAUUCUCAUUAAUCCAUAAGCUUAUACAGAAUGUGGUAAUGUUGUGGCCAGGGGGAUGUAGUUGUCUGUGGUGUCAAAUGCUGCUCCUUGUAAAAGCUUCAUAUAAAUGCAUGACUUUUAUAGUAAUGAUAAACACUGAGAACAUUAUAAAAUUUUUUUUAAAGCUAUUCGUAAUAUAGAAAUCCAAUUAUAUUAUGUAAUUUACUAUUCAUCAGUUAUCAGUUUUAGAUAGCUUUACAAAUCUAUGUCUAAGUUCCUGUAAUUGUCCUUUAUUAAGAAAAAAAAUUUAAAAGACUUGACCACAGAGGUCGUAUUUUUCCAAGGGGCAGACAAGUGUGCACCAGAUUUGUGUUGCUGGUGCAUUAUUUUAAAGUACUUAAUGUUCAAUAUAAUAACUCAUAGCUUUAACUCUGUAAAUAGUAGAUGGAAAUAUUUUACCAGCUAAAUUAAUAUGAGCCUCAUAAGAAUGCAUGAUAAAAAAGCUUUUAAGGAUAGUUACCUAAAAAUCUGUUGGGGAAUCUUUUUAUCUUCCUCUUACUAACAAAAUUUAUAGCAUAAUAUUCCAACCAGAUCUUGAUGUAUAAAAUAUGAGUAUGGCACUGUAUUUCUAUUCUUUCCUGUGGCUUAGGGAAGGUACCUUUUGUGUAUCAUUGCAGAGAAGAGGAUAAUCCUGAGGUUUGUGUUACUCUUUAUCUCUUAAGGCAACUUGGUAAAAGAAGAUUAAGCCUUUUGGAACAAUCAGUAUUAUACAUCAACAAGUCUGUGUAUUACCCUUCACUAUCCAGAAAGGUUUUAUGUCUCUUCGUAUUAUAUUCAGACACAGUCAUGGCUUGUCAGUGUCUUACCAUGCUUUGUUUGAGUGUAGCAUGAAGUAGUUAUUAUAUUGUCAUAAUGAUGCAUUCUUAUUGAAGUUAUUCAUGACUUUAGAAUGAGGCAGAAGCAUACUUUUUACU